CACACCGAGGGUGUUUAAUGUUGGAUCGAGGCCAUGAGGUGCCACGGCACCCGCUGCAACUGCGGGCCGAGCACAUCCGAGCGUCAGCGAGCGAUGCUGAGGGGACACGGGCGCACCCCGCCCCGUUCCUGCCCUUGUCCCUCCCCUUCCCCCGGAUGCGGGCCGGGAUGGCGCUGCCCACCCCGCGGUACGAGCACCUGGGCCCGCGGGGGCCUUUUCGGGACGUGUACGAGCCGGCCGAGGACACCUUCCUGCUGCUCGAUGCGCUGGAGAGGGACGCGGGCAGCCUGCGGGAGGCUCGAGUCGAGAUCUCUCUUGAAAUAGGAUCUGGAUCUGGUGUGGUUUCAACAUUUCUGGCUUCUUCCAUCCUUGGACCCAGUGCACUGUACAUAUGCACAGAUAUCAACCCCAUGGCAGCUUACUGUACCCAAGAGACAGCUCUCCUUAACAAUGUUCACCUGCAGCCUGUCAUCACUGACUUGGUCAAAGGAUUAUCCCCAAGAUUAAAUGGGAAGGUUGAUCUACUGCUGUUUAACCCACCAUAUGUGGUAACACCUUCUGAAGAGGUGAAAGGCUGUGGAAUAGAGGCAUCCUGGGCUGGGGGCAAACAGGGCAGAGAAGUAAUGGAUAGGGUUUUCCCAUUAGUACCAGACCUGCUUUCACCAGGAGGAUUAUUCUACUUGGUCACAAUUAAAGAAAAUAAUCCAGAUGAAAUUCUGGAAACAAUGAAGAAAAGUGGCUUAAAAGGCACACAAGUACUUUCCAGGCAAGCAGGACAAGAGAUGCUGACAAUCCUCAGAUUUAGGAAAUCUUGAUAACUUCUCUUCACCUGACAGGAUCAGCGUUCUCAGCACAGAUCACUUUGGCCUCGAUUAAGGACCAGAGUCUUCCACGUCCCUGUGACCUUCAGAGAAGAAGAAAGAGCCUGGUUAAAAUACACAGAUGCUCAGAGUUCACCACAAAAGCAUUUGGAGGAAGUUUGGAUCAGUGCACAGAUGGAAAUACAGUGGCGCUUUAUACAAUGCUAAAUGUGAAGGCAGAGUUAGGAGUUGUUUCACUUGUUCUCACAUAGCUGUCAAAUAUUUUGCUGCUGUGCUACUCAGGGUACUGAGCUUCUCGUCUCUUCCAACGCAUGAAGAUGUUCCAGCAGCAGAUAAGGAGGAUUCUCCAAUUCUUCAAUCCCUUGUAAUGAGCACAACAGUUCUGCAGCUCAUUAAACACCUUCCACGAGCUUCAGAGAUGGCUUCUCAAAGAAUGAUGGAAAAAUUUAUUUUAGUAAUUGUACGUAUUUAUAUUGGGACUUUUUGAGGAAUGCAAUUUUGCAAAUAGAAACUGAAUUUUAGGAGUUUUCACUUUUUUUCCCCCCGAUUUUAAAGAAACAAUAGUAUAGUUUUUCGGUGUAUACUGGAGAAUUUUCUGUGUCUCUCAUCAUUUUGUCUGUGGAUACAAAGCUUAAAUAAGUUGGCUUCAACUCCCAGCUUACUUUGACCAAAAUAAAAACCAAACAAGUUUAGAAGGGGUAAGAUGGAAUGCAUUAAAAAAAAAUUAUUUCCAUCAUGGUUCUGUAGAGACUGACUUGCAAGACUUUGGUUUGUGUAAUGCUCCUAUAAACAUUAUUUUGAUAUUUGUA